AUGGCCCAGGACAACAGCUUCAAGACGGGGCUGCGCUUUGUCGACCUCGGCCUUGCCGCCGGCCUCGCCUGGCUCCCCCCCGUCUCUUGUCAACAUUUGAAGCAAAGAGAUGAGAAAGAAGCUAAGGAAGCUAUCAAGCACGGGGCAGACGUGAUCAUGUUUGAUAACGUCAUUCUGAAUCAAAAUGACAUCUUGGCCUUCUUGCGGAUCACCGCUGCCAAACCAGAGCGUUUGUUGAUCUUUUUCAAAGCUGCGGCUGAACCAGCAGAACCUCAGCCUCCUUGGAACCUGCUCACCCCACGAACCCAGCCGUAG